AUGCCGGCCAAGUCCCAGGUAUAUAUUGUCAAUGAGGAUGCGGCCUCAAAGGACGCUAUAAUCGCCGAUGACACUCCAAAAACUCCUUGGAAAUCGAUCUACUUUAUCGGAGUUCUAGCGCUCUGCACAGCUAUUCAAUUUUCUCUUUAUUUUAGUUCAAUGUGGCCGUAUCUACAGCUGGUAAGUGAUUUAGCACGGCAUUGUGGAUUUAUUUCAUUUGGUUUACCUGAUUUAUUUUUUCUAUGACUAGUUGUAUCAUGGCCAUAUGUAAUAUAAAUUUUUAUACUUUCAGCUGGACCACACAGUAACCGAAGAGUUCUACGGCUAUGUAGUGGCGGUAUAUUCUGCUGGUUUGAUAAUCGCCGCUCCGUUGAUUGGAUUGUGGAGCAAUCGAGUCAAGAAUAUCCGAACUCCUGUCAGAUUUUGCAUUUGUCUUCAACUGAGUGGAAAUCUUUUAUAUUUCUUUGCGCAACUAUUGCCAUUUGGACGGAAAUUUGCGGUCAUGUUUGCCAGAUUCUUUGUCGGAGCCGCUUGUUGUAAGUUUUUAAAUUUUGUAUUACUCAUCAUACAUUGGAAUGGGUGACUGCAAAGAAUUUUUGUUGAAUGACUUAAUAUGUUGUAGAUUUACUAAAAAAUAUUUUGCAGGUCAUAGUGGGCUUUUGAAAGCAUAUGCCGCAACGGCAAGCGUCGCUGCCGAUCGAUCUCGAGCUAUGGCAAUUUUUACCGGAGGAGUCGCCUUUGGUUUGACUGUUGGGCCAGGUAUGUAGAUUAAUGAGUGUUCCGGCUAUUCCCAGGUCUUCAAUUGAUCUUCGUGCCUCUUGGCUUCCCUGGAUUCAAGUUAUUCGACAUUCUUCAAAUCAACAUGUACACAACACCUCCGUUGGCCGCCAUGUUUCUGAACAGCACAGCUUUGUUCAUUAUGACCUUCCUGUUUGAGGAGACAUACGCUGGGUUGGCGACGUCGACUUCUCAUGCUGUUAAAGUGGGUUUUUACUUUAUCGCCUUAAAGAAUUUUGGUUUUAAUUUUGAAUGAAUGUUUUUUCAGGAUAAAGAAGGUGACAAAGAGGAAAAAGAACAGAGGAGGGCGGCCAAAGAGUUCAAGAUUCCACCGUUCGACAAGCUGGCGUUGGUUCUCUGCCAUCUGGGAAGAUUCACUCAAACCUUUACCUUCACCGCCCUGGAGACCAUUGGAACUGCGUAUGCGAUGACUAUUUUCGCCUGGACGAAGAAAGAAGCGGUUACUUAUGUUGCAAUCUCAUAUUCAUUCAUGAGUGUGGUCGAAUUUUUGGCUUAUGCGCUUUUUGUUUUUGCAAAGCUGGAUCGAUGGUGAGUUUAAUUUGUAUUUUUUAAUGUCCUUUCCAGAUUAUUAGAGGAUCGUUUUUUUUAAUUUUAGGUUGAGGCUUCGGUUCCAUUGUCUUUGUGGAUUUGCUGCGCUGAUUGUCUUACACUUGAUUACAUUUUCUUGGCCGUUUUUGCCCGGGGAACUAACGACUUACACCAAUAAAGGUAAUUUGACUUAUCUUUGUCUCUCGCUUACGUUUAAGUUAAGUUGAUUAUGCUUACUAUUUUUUUCAGAUAUGGACAGGCAUCUCAACCAAUCCGCUCCAGAGCCAGUAGGCUGUAAUUUGGACCGACUUUCUUGGUGCACGUACACGAAACCCGUCAAUGUUUGGGUGUAUAACAUCUCCUUUGUUCUAAUUGUUGGGGUGUCCUAUUGUGUGAUCAACAUUACAUUGGAAACUUUGUUCUCCAAAGUUCUUGGGCCAAGAAGGCAGGCUGCGCACCAGGGAUUUUUGGAAAUGACCGAAGGAGCCGCUCGUUUCAGUGGACCAGUUCUGAUCAGGUAAUGAGAACAAUGUUUUCUGGCAAGGUCUUUUUCAAAAAAUUAUAAAUUUGUGGAGCAAUUCGCAAUUUUUGGUCCAAGUUUCGUUGCACCGUGCGGAUUUUUCUAGGCAAUCGUUCCCAAAAAAUUGUUUUUUUUUGCACUGUGCAAGGUCUGUCGCAACACUUGUCUUUCUCUGCGUCCUCCUCGAUUUCCCAAUCCUUUCCAUUCGGCGGAAAACCUGCACCGUAAAGAGUUGUCGCAAGUUUCUGUUGAUUUCGCGCAGUGCAGUCUUUGUCGCGACUUCUUUUCUCUUUUCUCACCCGCGCAUUUCUCUGCACUCUCUUUAUUGUCUUCAGUCUCUCGGACUUUCGCGACAAGCAUUUGCACUGUGCGAAGUUUUUUGUCGCAGGGCUUCUUUUCUCUGGCAGAGGAACGCUCUGCGCUCUCUUUGGUUUCUGCAGUCUCUUUCUCAGCGACAUGACGCAAUGAUUUUUGUUGCGCCAGCACUUGGGCUCGAAAAUGCUUCCAAAAUUUCUUUCUGGCACUGUGCAGCCAAAAAAAAUUCUGUGACUUUCGGUUUGAAAAAUUAAAGAAAUAAUCAAUAAAAUAAUUUCAGCUCCCUCUACACUGCAUUCGGCCCUCGAGCAGCGUGGGUCGCCGAGAUUGUUGUCCUGUCCACGGCUGUUUCCCUAUGGCUUAUCUUCUACAAACGUCUGGUUCCUUUGAAAAUGCCCACCUCCUCGGAUGACAAAGAAUCGACAGAUGGAAGUCUUGACGACGAAGAGGAGCAUCUUAUGGCCGAAAAAGAUCCCGAUGUCGCGUCGGUCCUGGGCUAUGUUGGCCUUCAUCGUGCCGGGUCGGUCUCUCUUGGCAAACGAGUGUUUGAUAGGGCGUCAGUUCGAAGUUCCAUGCGAAGCAACCUUCGCAAAUCGAUGAGAGAUGUGCCUAUCAAGGAGUAA